AUGGUGGAAGAGAUUGAUAUGGUUUUGACAAAGGAUAGCGUUACGGUAUCUGUUGAUGCAGUAGUUUAUUACCGUGUUAAUAACGCGACCAUUUCGAUUGCAAAUGUGGAGAAUGCGCAUCAUAGUACGAGGUUACUGGCUCAAACGACUUUAAGGAAUACGAUGGGAACGCGACCACUUCAUGAAAUAUUGAGUGAGCGGGAAACAAUCUCCGGAAACAUGCAGUGAAAUAGCAGAAUAAGAAGAAGAAUUCGGGCCCCGCACGUAAUCCAUAGAGGGCAAAAUAAACACUCAGAUGAAAGAA